AUGUUUCUAUACAAGAUAUAAGAAGAGUAAACUAAAAAUAUUAGACCAUUAUAAUAAAACUACUAAGUCACAAGCAUUAUGUUUAGUCCCGAUGAGUAAUUGUUUGCAUAUGCUACAACGAAUGGAUUGAUUAUAAUAUAUAGUUUAGUAAAAUAAAAGGUUAGAUGUAUAUGCUUUUCUAGCGAGGGGAAUAUAUUGGUGAGUGCAGGAGAUGAUAAAAGUGUUAGGAUUUGGGAUUAUAUGAAAGGAAUCUAAAUUGGAGAGAAUUUACAUGGUCAUUCUGAUGUUAUUAAUAGCGUCGAAUUUUCAAAACCAGAUGGAAUGAUUAUUUUAUCUGCAGGAAAGGAUGGACUUGUUAAAUAGUGGCAUCAAUUUGAUAGCUAUCGUGUUAGUGAAUACCUGCCUGGUCAUGAUGGCUAUGAUUAUAUCUGCUGAUUCCUAAAGAAUAAUUACAAAGGGUAAAGAUAAGAAAAUAAUAUAAUGGAAUAUUAAAACAACAUCCAUGGUUAAUCAAAUAAUAACUUUAUAGAGUUGUUAAGAAUGUUCAAUUAAUAAUUUAUGUUCUGCUUGUUAAUUAAGUCCUAUAUUAAGUGUUAAUGAUGAUCAAUAUAUUAUCACAGGUGGAUUUGGUCACUUAAUUUCAAUUUAUGAUAGUUACACUGCCAGAUAAACAUUUCAUACGCUAUCAUGUCUAAAACCAAAAGGAGAAGUCAUUCUUUUAGCAUAUUCUCAAUAAAAUAACUUAAUUUGUUCAGCAACUUAAAACGGUGAAGUUAAAAUAUGGGACAAUGAUAAUCGAGGAUAAUUUAGUACAAAGAUAACCCUAGAUUACUAAAUAUUUUUUGAUAAAAAAAUAAAAUUUAGUUGUUCUAAAUUAAAUUGGAGAAUACACUAGCUUUAAACUUGGUUCAGGGGAUAGAAUAACUUCAUCUUACUAAAAUUAAUUAAUCAACACAGCAUCUGAAAUCAAACAGUUAGAUUAAUAAAUUGUGAAGGAAAUGUAGGAUUCAAAUAGUAAUAUACACUAGUCGAAUGAUUAUUACAGAUCUAAUUAAGUAACCCGCUUCGCACUCUCAUCUGAUUAUUCUUAUUUGGCAAUCGCUAGUAAAGUCUCAAAUGUAUAUAUAAUAGAUACUUAAGACUUAUCAAACAAAUUGUACACAUAUUCUUAUUAAGGAGUAAUUACAUCAAUUCAUUUUUAUCAAAAUGAUUUAGUCUUAAUCCUAUCUUUUGAAGAUCUUUCCAUAAAAGUUUGGGAUAUAGAAAACAAUCUUCAUGGAAUUAAAUAUGAUUGUCACCAAGCCUCAAUUAAUUGUUUCUACUUAUCUUUAGAUAAUAAAUUUUUGGUUUCAACUUCUUAAGAUAAAUGUAUUAAGAUUUGGAAAAUGUCAAAUUUAAGUGAGAAUAGUAUCAUUCCUAAAGAUAUUGAUGGGUUGAAGAAAAAAAUAUACCAAUAAAAACUAAAUUUCCAAAAAUCUUUUGAGAUUCUGAAUCGAUCCAUCAAAUGA